AUGCACAAAAUCAAAUCAAGAAAUGCACCUCCAAAAGCUUCACAUUUAUAUUGGCCUGAAGGUGAGCAAGCUUUAAUUGAAACAGAUAGCUAUGUAGAAAGGCUUAUUUUUAAUAAGCAAGAAUACAAAGAUUGAGAAUUACAGCCACUUCGGCAGCUUGAAAAGAAUUUUAAUAAAAUCCCAAAAGACGAACUGCUAAGAUUUUUAUAUGGCCAAGGAUGGGACUUAAAAAAAGCAGAAGAAGCAAUCCAAGCCCAUUUGGACUGAAAAUCACAGUGGCCGAACUAUAUGAAUGUAUACCCAUUGGUACAAAAUAUUUUGAAUUCAGGUGGAGUCUAUAUACAUGGCAGAGAUAUUUAUUAUCGGCCUUUAAUUGUACUUAAGCUGUCUAAAUUGGCAGAAUACACAUACCAAGAGUUUAUAGCUUGUGCUUACUUUUUACUAGAAUUUGUAAUUGACUCUAUGCUGCUUCCAGGACAAAUUGAAAAUUGGGUGAUGCUAUUAGACUUUGAAGGUUUUAAUGAAGUCAAUCAAAAUCAUGUAAGAAAACUAGCAACAGAGUUAUAUACUCAUUAUCAAUGCAGACUUGCCAAAGCUUAUGUGGUCAACCCAACUCGAUUAUGGAAACUAUUAAUUAAUAUUUUGCCAUCUAAUACAUAUAAGAAAUUUGAAAUCGUUGACAAAACUGAAAAUGCUCUGAUUAAAGAUUUUAAUAGAAAUCAGCUGGAAAUGAAAUACGGAGGAACUGCUAAUAAUCUAAAAAGAUUUUGGCCUCCUCCACAACUAAAAAACAGCCAUUGCGAAGAAUCUUUGUCAAGCUGCUCUAGUAUUGCAAUUACCCCUGAUAAAACAGUAAAUAAUUCUUUUGAUGCUGAAUUCAGACCUGAAGGCUGCAGCAGCUUUUUGUCAAGUAACAUGGAUUUUAAAGAAGAAAUAUGGGAAAAGUGCGAAAACGAGUCUAAUGCUUUCAGCUUCAUGCAAGAUGACGAGAAAAAUAUAAAGGAAGAAGAGCAGGAUGUGAUAAACUUUGAAAAUUUUACCCUAAGUAAUAAAGAAAUGAAAAGUCCAUCACAAGAAAUGACAAGAGAGUCUUUAAAAACUCCUAUACAGCCAAGAACAAUUUCAUUGGAAAAUUAUGAAAUAGAGCCAGACUGAUUCUGCAAUGGAUGUGUGGGAUAUAAACCUUCUUCUUGUUGCAUAAUGUAA